AUGCUGAAAACCUCUGGAAACUGGCUAAGGAGCUGCGAUUACGCUCGAUUUGAGGCCAAAAUCCAUGACCUACGAGAGCAGAUGAUGAACCACAGCAUGAGCUCCGGGUCCGGGUCCCUGCGAACCAAUCAGAAACGCUCUCUCUAUGUCAGAGCCAUGUUUGACUACGACAAGAGCAAGGACAGUGGGCUGCCAAGUCAAGGACUUAGUUUUAAAUAUGGAGACAUUCUCCAUGUUAUCAAUGCCUCUGAUGAUGAGUGGUGGCAAGCCAGGAGAGUCACGCUGGAGGGCGACAGUGAGGAGAUGGGGGUCAUCCCCAGCAAGCGGAGGGUGGAAAGAAAGGAACGUGCCCGAUUGAAGACAGUGAAGUUUAAUGCAAAACCUGGAGUGAUUGAUUCAAAAGGUGAUCCUGAACGAGGACAAGAAGACUUCAUUCUUUCUUAUGAGCCUGUCACAAGACAGGAAAUAAACUAUACCCGACCAGUGAUUAUUCUGGGCCCCAUGAAGGAUCGGAUCAAUGACGACUUGAUAUCUGAAUUCCCUGACAAAUUUGGCUCCUGUGUGCCUCAUACUACGAGGCCAAAGCGUGACUACGAGGUGGAUGGCAGAGACUAUCACUUUGUCGUUUCCAGAGAACAAAUGGAGAAAGACAUCCAAGAGCACAAGUUUAUAGAAGCCGGCCAGUACAAUGACAACUUGUAUGGAACCAGUGUGCAGUCUGUGAGAUUUGUAGCAGAAAGGGGCAAACACUGUAUACUUGACGUAUCAGGAAAUGCUAUCAAGCGGUUACAAGUUGCCCAGCUCUAUCCCAUUGCCAUCUUCAUUAAACCCAAGUCUCUGGAACCUCUGAUGGAGAUGAAUAAGCGUUUAACAGAGGAACAAGCCAAGAAAACCUAUGACCGUGCAAUUAAGCUAGAACAAGAAUUUGGAGAAUAUUUUACAGCUAUUGUCCAAGGUGACACCUUAGAAGAUAUCUAUAACCAAUGCAAGCUUGUUAUUGAAGCGCAAUCUGGGCCUUUCAUCUGGAUUCCCUCAAAGGAGAAGUUAUAA